GGUCAGCGUCCAUGGCCAUCACAACACCUGUAACUGUUACAUGUCUCCACGGCAGUCAACUGGUCAGUCUCUGGACAUGUGGGACAGCGUGUCCGUACACUAGGCAGUUGGACAGACCAUCUACGUGUAGACAAACACGUCCACUCGCCACGUGGACCCUGAGGACUGCUCCAUGGACACGAGUGUUUGUGCGAGACGCUGAAGAAAAGUAAUGGGAAACUCGGCCUUCAAGAACGGUGGUCGAGUGAAGCUGGUAGGAACAGCCAACCAGUAUAUUGACAAGGUGCGGUUCGGUGAGACUGACCAACUAGAACACAUCCCAGACAAUAACCUUGGUGUGGGGGGACUGGCUGGAGGAGACCAGAGCUCCGCCCUACUGCUGGACUCGGUACAGCAAAAACAACGUCUUCCCGACAUGUCUGCGGUAAAUGAUCAGACUCCACAUCUGUCCUCACACGAUUCACAGACUCACUCCGGCAAGCUGGGGGCAGGGGGUGAUGUAGGGGUUACUGAGAGCAGGGAUGGGGACACCUGGACAGAAAGUCCCCUUGGUGAGAACAUGAACUCUAAGAGACCAAAUGGCAUCCAAGUAGUUGGAGAAAGUCCAGCACUCAUCCCUGCUGAUGACACAGAACAACAGACAGGCCUCCCUGACGACACGUUACAUGCUAGCAAUACAUCCGCCUUGCCUCUGACCACAGUGCCGCCCAGACUAGGCAGGACACACACUCGCUACUCCCUCCCUGAGGACAUCGUUUACGUGCUAGACAAAGUCAAGGGCGCACAGUCACCGGACGCACACAGGAAACCGUCGGUGGUCAUCACUGACAGUCAGAACACGGUCCCACCGUCGGGACCACAGGAACAGUCCAGGAGCAGGGACUGUCUGGACCGUCCCAUUUACCCAGCCUUGCCUUACUCACCGUACGCCUCACCCAUGGCAUCACCCAGGUUAUCAGCCAGAUACCCACGCAGGCCGGCCACCGAGUCCCACACCGUCAGCAUUAUGGACAAGGAGGAUUUCACCCAGCUCAACCAGUACAGACUGAAAGAAGAAAUAGGAAAGGGUGCCUAUGGUGUUGUGAAGCUAGCAUAUGACGAAAAAGAUGACACAAACUAUGCAAUGAAGAUUAUAUCCAAGAAAAAACUCAUCAAAAGGGAUUUUUUCCGACGCCCUCCUACCCGCGGUGCCGGGGGCCGGUCUGGAGCCGCCACAGCCAGCAGGGGGCUACAGCAGAUCUACAAGGAGAUCGCCAUUCUUAAAAAACUCCAUCACCCCAACAUUGUUCAUCUGAAGGAGGUGUUAGAUGACCCACAAGAUGACUACCUUUACCUGGUGUUUGAACUUGUUGAAAAGGGUCCUGUAAUAGAGGUGCCCACCAACAACCCUCUGUCUGAAGACCAGGCCAGGGAAUAUUUCCGUGAUGUGGUUCUGGGACUGGAGUAUUUGCAAUAUCAGAAGAUAGUCCAUGGAGACAUCAAACCUUCCAACCUGUUGUUGGGUGAUGAUGGACAUGUCAAGAUUGCAGAUUUUGGUGUGAGUAAUGAGUAUGAUGGGGUAGACGCCAUGAUGUCCAGUAGUGUGGGCACACCUGCCUUCAUGGCACCAGAAACACUCUCAGAGUCUACUGACAAGUACAGUGGAAAGGGUCUGGAUGUCUGGGCAUUGGGAGUCACUCUGUACUGUUUUGUGUAUGGCCAUUGUCCAUUUGAAGACAGCUCCAUCCUUGCACUUCACACCAAGAUCAGGAGUCAGGACCUCUCCUUCCCUAACGGGUAUGAUCUGAGUUUGGGUCUAAAGGAACUGCUACAGAAGAUGUUGGACAAGGAUCCGCUGUCUCGUAUCACCAUCCCUGAUAUCAAGACCAACUGUGUGAAACAAGUGCCCCAGCUGAACACAUUGAUCUUAGUGAAAAGCAUGUUGAGGAAGCGGUCCUUCUCCAAUCCUUUCAGACAAGGGGACACUUCGUCUUCACCAUAGACCCAGGGGACUGCUGUUCCUUGGCUGUACAGUAAUUCGGAAGGAUAUAAGGAAGACUGUUAUAGAUACUCUGAGUUUUCUUGCCUUUAGAAAUUUUGGCCUCUGAGAUUUAUCAUGAUCAAUGUAGUUGCAAAGCUGAUGGCAUGUAAUUUGAACCACACAAAUUGUCUUCGUCAUAGGGGGUUAUUUGGCCUCCAAAGUGUCUCUGUCUGUAAAUGAUAGAACACGCAAACGACAUUCCCAAAUUAGACUGGACAGCCAUCACAGACCCUCGCAUCUCACAGGGUAUCAGGGCAUUCACUUUCGCCGGGUGAAUUAAGAGUUCCAGAUAUCGCUGUUAAAUGGCAAUGGCUUUCCCCCUUACUCAUUUGAAUUCUACCAUUUACAGAUGUGCAAAAUAUAGAAUAGGAGCAAAAUCUCCCAACUUGAAGUUACAUGUAUGCAUGACGAAAACAGUAACUGUGGUUCAAAUUCAUCUAUUUCUUUAAUUAUAUUAGCAUAAGUGAUGAACAUGGAUUAUGUACCAUUUGACACUCUGAUGAAUUUAUGCAUAUUGAUGGAUUUAAGUUGCAGUAUAUUUAGCAUCAGAAUUUUCAUAACAUGAAUAUAUGAAAUUGCACCUUUUCUACUAAUGUUUUAAACUUGUAGAUAUGCAUGUAUAUACACAUGUAGGAAUGUGUGUUCUCACUGGCAUCAGAGGACUUAGUACUUCCCAAAGUCCAUGUCAGAAAAGCAUUCAUGGUGGUUAAAUGUUUUCAUAGUGACAUUUUCACUAAUAGGCUCAAAACCAAAAGAUUUUUGUCCUUAAGCACCCUUACGGAUUUGCUGGUAGGGUUCUGAUUGGCUGUCCUAGCUAAAGGUGCCUGUGUUUCCCUUACAAUAGCAUAGGGGUGGGUACUGGUACAGAAAAUUCAGG